AGGCAGGUUCUUUACCAGUAGCUCCACCUCUUGGGAGACUCAAAAAUCUAAUUUAGAGAUCAAUGCAUUCCAGGCAUAUAAUCUUCCAAGCUCAUUAUCCCUUCCUGUAACUCAGAUUAUUCAUAUAGAAAAUUUACAUGUUGGAAAGGUGUCUAUGAAGAAUCUUCUCUGUGAAUCCUAUUGUAAUAAAUAAUGCUUGUGCAUUUCAAUUUCUGUGCAACUCUUCUUUCUGCAUCACUCUCUCCCUUAUUUUCAUUACGAGAGCAUCUUGUGAUUCUCAAAUCCAUGAAGAAUAGCACAGAGGUAACCGAUUUCAUCCUGCUCGGACUCACAGAUGACCCACAGCUGCAGAUUCCUCUCUUUAUAAUCUUCACCUUCAUUUACUUCCUCACUCUCAUUGGGAACCUGGGGAUGACCACGUUGAUCCUGCUGGACUCUAGUCUCCACACUCCUAUGUAUUUUUUCCUCUGUAACCUGUCUCUGGUGGACUUUUGUUACUCCUCCACUGUCACUCCAAAAGUGAUGGCUGGGCUCCUGAAAGCAGACAAAGUCAUCUCCUACCAUGCAUGUGCUGCUCAGAUGUUCUUUUUUAUAGUCUUUGCCACUGUGGAAAGUUAUCUCUUGGCCUCAAUGGCUUAUGACCGCUACACAGCAGUGUGCAAGCCCCUACAUUACACCACCUCCAUGACGAAAAAUAGGUGUGCUUGUCUUGUCGUAGGCUCUUAUGCGUGUGGUGUUCUGAAUGCCUCUGUCAACACUGGAGACACGUUCAGUCUCUCUUUCUGUGGGUCCAACGUGAUCCAUCACUUUUUCUGUGAUGUCCCAGCAGUCAUGACUCUCUCUUGCUCGGAGAAACGCAUCAGUGAAAUGGUUCUUGUUCUUGUCUCAAGCUUCAAUGUCUUGUUUGCACUUUUUGUAAUCUUGAUUUCCUACCUGUUCAUAUUUAUGACAAUUUUGAAGGUGCACUCACAAGAGGGGUACCAGAAGGCUCUGUCUACCUGCGCUUCUCACCUCACUACUGUUUCCAUAUUUUAUGGGACUGUCAUCGUCAUGUACGUACAGCCCAGCUCCAGCCACUCCAUGGACACAGACAAAAUCACAUCCGUGUUCUACACGAUGCUCAUCCCCAUGCUGAACCCCGUGGCCUACAGCCUGAGGAACAGAGAAGUCAAGGGUGCAUUUAACAAAGCUGCUGAGAAGGCGAAAGUUUCUCUAGAUUUUCUCUUCAGGUAG